AUGUGGGAGGGGAUGAGUCUGGCUCCCCUUCCUCCCCCGCCCCCACCGCGGCUGCAUUUUUGGUGCGCCACUCACUGGGAGCUUGCGACCUGUCGGUGCCCCUGCUGCUGCUGCUACUACAGCUGCUGCUGCAAGUAAACAAGCAUCUGGGGCUGCUAGAGAACUCUGCACUUCGUGCACCCCAAGCAUCCCUUAGGAAGUGGGGCGGGCUGUACAAACCUAGAGGGCUGAAGCGCUCUAGGCGGUGACCCUUCCUCCCUCUUCUCCCACCGAAAUACGAAGGCUAUGUGGGAGUAAUGCAAGGGUUCUUAAAGUGAAAAAGAAGAAAAUGUGUCUGCUGACCGCUGUUGGGGUGGGGGACGUGAGAAAAAAGUGGAGGAAAAGACGUAAAGGUUAAGCCAGGGGGGAGUAAAAAAAGUGCUGGAGUAGAGUGAAAGGUACACUGUGUUGGUAUUUUCGACUCCCUAACCCCUCUAGUAUUAACGAAUCUUCGUGAUUUCAUCCAGUUGGAGAACUUUCACCAUGUGGAGAGGAGAUUGGAAAUCUAAUUGGGAAACUAAUGUCUUUGGGCCAGCAGCCUGAUUAGAAGAAGCACUUUAAAUAUUCAGGAUUAACUCUUUUUUGAGAUUUAAUGCUUUAUUGAAUGAAAAACCAAUCAAGUCCCUCUAUAUUAGCUCUUUGGAUAUGUUCUGUUAAUGUUUUUCAAAUUAUUAAUUUAAUGUGAAAAUCAUCAUGGGAGGAGCUGUGAGUGCUGGUGAAGAUAAUGAUGAUUUAAUUGACAACUUAAAAGAAGCUCACUACAUACGUACUGAAAGAGUGGAGCAAGCAUUCAGAGCAAUUGAUCGAGGGGAUUAUUAUUUGGAAGGCUACAGGGACAGUGCUUAUAAAGACUUAGCUUGGAAGCAUGGAAACAUUCAUUUAUCAGCACCUUGCAUUUAUUCUGAAGUAAUGGAGGCCUUGAAACUUCAACCAGGAUUGUCUUUUCUUAACCUGGGAAGUGGAACCGGAUAUUUGAGUACAAUGGUGGGCUUAAUUUUAGGUCCUUUUGGAAUAAAUCAUGGAAUUGAGCUUCACUCAGAUGUGGUGGAUUAUGCCAAGGAAAAACUCGAGAGCUUCAUCAAAAAUAGUGAUAGCUUUGACAAAUUUGAGUUUUGUGAACCAGCAUUUGUGGUUGGCAACUGCCUUGAAAUAGCAUCUGAUAGCCAUCAGUAUGACCGGAUUUAUUGUGGAGCUGGUGUCCAGAAAGACCAUGAAAACUACAUGAAAAUAUUACUGAAAGUGGGAGGUAUUCUAGUCAUGCCUAUAGAAGAUCAGUUAACUCAGAUUAUGCGAACUGGACAGAAUACUUGGGAAAGCAAAAACAUCCUUGCUGUUUCAUUUGCUCCAUUAAUACAACCAAACAGGAAUGAUAAUAGCAAACCAGAUUCAGUGGGAUUGCCCCCAUGUGCUGUCAGGAAUCUACAAGACUUGGCUAGGAUUUAUAUUCGGCGCACACUUAGAAACUUCAUAAAUGACGAGAUGCAAGCCAAGGGUAUUUCUCAGAAGGCUCCUCCCAAGAGAAAAAGGAAGAGAGUUAAACAAAGAAUUAACACAUAUGUGUUUGUGGGAAAUCAACUUAUCCCUCAGACUCUAGACAGUGAGGAUGAGGAAAAAAUGGAAGAAGACCACAAAGAAGAGGAAGAGAAGGACAACAAUGAAGCCUUGAAACCAGAGGAACCCCCUCAGAAUCUAUUACGAGAGAAAAUCAUGAGACUACCCCUACCUGAGUCUUUAAAAGCAUACUUGACAUACUUUAGGGAUAAAUAACUUAUGAGAAGUAGAAAGGAUGCCUACUGACAAUUCCUUUAUUCUUGAAAAUGUAGCAUUUGUUAUAAAUAGAUCAACAGAUACAAUUAUGUUUUCACUGAGACAGAAUUACAAUGAAAAAGCAUAGCUAAUUUCUGUCUUGUAAUAAGGAAGACAGAUUUAACAGUGAUGAAAGUCCCUUUUAUAAAAUCUAUUUUUCUUUAAAUUUUGAAAAAUGCUGUUUUAACCAAGAGAGUGCAAACUAAACAAGAUUUUGUGCAUGGUAAAAAAAAAUCUUAACAGAUUUGUAUUGGGUAAAGGAUAAAUGAAAUUUUAUAAUUGGUUAAGUAAAUGAUGUGUUUAUGUGUUCUGGUUUGAAUGGUUAUUAUUGGCAUUUUUUCCUAGGAAAGAUUUUAAAACAUGAAGACCUACUUAAUAAUGACAGCAAACUCUUUGUAGACUAUUUACUAUACUUUAUUGCAAUCACUAUUGCUGGGUUGUUAUGGUAUAUUAUGGGUAAUACAUAAGUGCAAUAAUUGAGUAUAGAUACUGAAUAAGGUGGCUUUAAUAAAAAUGCUAUGUCUCUGGUAA